UUCUGGUCACGCCACUGUUUUAACCGGUGGUAUUACAGAAGAACCGAAGCUUAGUUUUUAUCGUAAAUUUUGCCAACAAUUACGUGUGAAUCAGUUUUUCCUCGCCAGUGACCUCACCAGUGACCUGAUAGACUGAAAGGAAGCAAGAAAAACUGUCAAAACUCCACACAUCUUCAUCACACCUUCCACACAAACUUAGCCUGCGGAUGCACCCUCCUUUCCUAACGAACAAAGAUGACCAACUCCGGUAUGGUGGCGCUAGUCGGAGCCGUAGGCCUCUUCCUGGUAACCAAUUUCUCCCUUCAUAAAAUUGAAGAAGGUCAUGUUGGUGUUUAUUAUCGGGGUGGCGCACUGCUACGACAGACUAGUAGCCCCGGAUUUCAUAUGAUGGUACCUUUUAUUACCAGUUUCCGGUCGAUACAGGUAACAUUGCAAACGGACGAAGUUAAAAAUGUACCCUGCGGUACUAGUGGUGGAGUCAUGAUCUACUUUGAUCGGAUAGAGGUCGUGAAUAUCCUGAGCCCCGACAGUGUAUACGACAUGGUGAAGAACUAUACUGCGGAUUAUGACAAGACACUAAUAUUUAACAAGGUGCACCACGAGCUCAAUCAGUUCUGCAGUGUUCACAAUCUCCAAGAAGUGUACAUCAACCUCUUUGAUCAGAUUGAUGAAAAUCUCAGGACUGCCCUGCAGCGAGACUUGACUGUCAUGGCACCAGGACUGUUUGUUCAAGCUGUGCGGGUGACAAAACCCAAAAUCCCCGAGACAAUCCGCAGGAACUACGAAAUGAUGGAAGCAGAGAAAACCAAGCUCCUUAUUGCUGAACAGCGACAAAAGGUUGUCGAGAAGGAUGCGGAAACGGAUCGCAAAAAGGCGCUCAUCGAUGCUGAGAAGGUAGCUUUGGUUGCUAAGAUACAGUAUGAACAAAGGAUCCUGGAACAGGAGUCACUCAGGAAGAUGGCACAAAUUGAAGAUGAAAUGCACCUGUCUCGGGAAAAAAUGCAAGGGGAUGCGGUGUUCUAUACCAAAGCAAAACUAGCUGAAGCAAAUCAGCUUCUGCUCACGCCAGAGUACCUGGAGCUGAAACGAUAUGAAGCCAUUUCAUCCAACAAUAAAAUCUACUUUGGAAACAACAUUCCAAAUAUGUUUGUAGAGCAUUGUGGGGUUCAAAGCAAAGAGGGAGGUCAAACUAAACUGACCGAGAGUGUUUUACAGGAGGUUGGCCUUACUACUGCUGAAGAAAUGAAGAAAGGAUUUAAGCAAGCUUCCCAAGGGAAUUCCAAGGCACCUGUUGCAAAAUCCUGAGCCAGUUACUGUUUGAGAAGCAUUGUAAAAGACAAGUUGAAUUGUCCAAAAAAAGUAUAAGGUUUCA